GACAGGAGUGGCGGUGGUCGCAUUUUGCCGAAGGGCUCUUUAUAUGACCUCGACCAGGUGCACAUCCCUGGCGCAUAUCUCCACUUCAUUCCACCGUCACGUCUCUCUCCAAGGGUUAGCUGCGAGCGCCCAACCUUUUGAAUCUCGCCAACGUUCAAAUAACCAGCUCGUCCAGCGACGAGUUCGCGAGUUCGCUUUUACUUGCUUUCUGCAUCUCCCGCCAGGUUUCAUCUAGAUUGUCCUGUAGACACCAUUUCCCUCUCAAUCACGCGAUAGCCUUUCCAUUGAUAGCGAUACAGGCUUUUUCCAGUUAACCGACAUAUUACAGAUUGUGCGCUCUUUUGACACAUGGAUCGCUACGCAAAAAUAGAGAAAGUCGGAGAAGGCACAUAUGGAGUUGUUUAUAAAGCGCGGGACGUUACAACGAAUCAAAUCGUAGCCCUUAAGAAAAUUCGACUCGAAGCAGAGGAUGAAGGAGUCCCGAGCACUGCCAUCCGAGAAAUCAGUCUGUUGAAGGAACUAAAGGAUGACAAUAUUGUUAGACUGCUUGAUAUCGUGCACGCUGAACAGAAGCUUUACCUCGUCUUUGAAUUCUUGGAUGUUGACUUAAAGCGCUACAUGGAAAACGCCAACACAUCCGGUACGCCCAUUUCCAUCGGCAUAGUCAAGAGAUUUACUCAUCAGCUCAAUGCCGGCCUUUUGUACUGUCACUCGCACAGAAUCUUGCAUCGCGACCUCAAGCCUCAAAAUCUGCUUAUUGACAAGAAAAACAAUCUCAAACUUGCAGAUUUUGGCCUCGCGAGAGCCUUUGGUAUUCCGAUGAGGACAUACACCCAUGAGGUGGUGACGUUGUGGUACCGCGCGCCUGAAGUGUUGCUCGGUUCUCGGCAUUACUCGACGGCUAUUGACAUGUGGUCUGUCGGAUGCAUCUUUGCUGAGAUGGUGAUGCGUGGGAGUCCCCUGUUUCCUGGCGACUCUGAGAUUGACCAGAUCUUCAAGAUCUUCAGGAUUCUCGGCACGCCAAGUGAAGAGACUUGGCCAGGCGUGACUCAAUUGCCUGAUUACAAGGAUACGUUCCCUCGAUGGUCGAAGCAGGAGCUCAAGAGCGUCGUACCUAAUCUCGAUGAACAGGGUUUGGACCUGCUUGCGCACACUUUGACUUAUGACACAGCAAAACGGAUUUCUGCAAAACGCGCUCUCAAUCACCCUUACUUCGCGCACUACACCCCGUCAUGACAAGUUCUUUGCAUCUGGUAGAUGGCAUACAUAUUUGAUGUAUUCCCGUUUCCAAUUCGCUGUUACCCUUUAAGUUGUCGUCUUGAACCCUUGUCUUCAUAUUUCGUAUCACAGUCAGAGUAGUUAAAAUACGUCGAAUGUGAUAGUAUGUGCAUCCUU